AUGCUUCAUGUCAUCCACAAUCUGACCAACAUCUGGCCAAAGCGAAUUCACAACAUUGUUUUAAAAAACUGGCUGCUCAAUCCAUUGGGUCUGCCUAAUAAAUUCAUUGAGAUGGACCUUGCACAAGAGCAGCUCAAUUUCAGAAUAAAAGUUUCUUACAGUUGA